GAUUACGUCAUUUGGAUAUAUAAAUAAGGGGGGGCGGGGAAGCGAGUGCUUCUCUAAGCGACGUUCCGUGUUUUGGCUCGACCGAGAAGUCGUGUUCGGACAUUUGAGAGAACUACACUAAAAGUGCAAUGGCACGUACCAAGCAGACUGCACGUAAAUCCACUGGAGGCAAAGCCCCGAGGAAGCAGCUGGCCACCAAAGCUGCCCGCAAAAGUGCGCCCUCUACUGGCGGAGUGAAGAAACCUCACCGAUACCGCCCUGGUACUGUGGCUCUCCGAGAGAUUCGUCGGUACCAGAAGUCCACAGAGCUGCUGAUCCGCAAGCUGCCUUUCCAGCGGCUGGUGAGGGAAAUUGCCCAGGACUUCAAGACUGAUCUUCGCUUCCAGAGCGCCGCCAUCGGAGCCCUGCAGGAGGCAAGUGAGGCAUACCUGGUGGGACUCUUUGAGGACACAAACCUGUGUGCCAUUCAUGCAAAGCGCGUCACCAUCAUGCCCAAGGACAUCCAGCUGGCCCGAAGAAUCCGUGGCGAACGUGCUUAAACAGCCUGCUGUUUUGUUUUUUAACUUUUUUGGGAGGGAGGGGGGUCCAGGGUUGGUUCUUACACUCAGCUACAUGCUUGUUAUAGAUCUAAGCUUAAUUUUGUAACUUCUUUGAGUUGUAAUGGUAGGGGAGGGGAUGUUGUGGUUCUUGGGCAUGGCGGUAGAGGGUGGUGUCAGAACAUUCCGGGAGCUCCUCUCAGGGUUUUAAAGUUUGUAUUUUAGACUUUGGUAUACCUCUACCUGUGCACUCUAGUCUGCAUGCUACAUUGUGGGGAUUUUUUUUUUUUAAAUUAGGAUGUCUGUCUUUCCUCCCUUAAUUCUCUUUUUCUCCUUCAUUGUGGCCAUCUGGUUGUAAAUAAACUUUCCACUACCUC